AUGGAUCGCCCCGAGCCAGGACUUGUCAAAUGGUCUCCCAAUGCCUCAAUCGACAGCUUUGUCCAUAUUAACCUACAGCAUCGUGUUGUUCAGCUCUAUGAGCCCACUGGCCACGCACGCGCUGGGAGAUUUGACUAUACCAAGGUCAGCAGGCACGAUGACUUUCCUCCUCUCACGACAUAUGACUGGUCUCCCGAGAAUCCAAAUCUGCUAGCUGUUGGUACCGGCGCGGGAAUCGUGAAUCUUUUGAGGAUUGACGAUAGCUCUAAUGCAUAUGUCGAGCUGGGGCUUAAAAUGGCGCGAACUUGCCAAGCCGUUUCCUUUAACACGACUGGCCUUUUGGCCGUAGGCUUGGACCGUGUUCGAAUGGACCAAAGUCUACAAGUGUGGGAUGUCAAUCGUCUGUCGGCCGUGACAUCUUUAGGGAAAGGAUUCCCUGACUGGGGCGGUCUUUCGGAACCCAAGAGAGUUGAGCCCAGUGUAUCAGUUUCAAGCAUCAAAUUCUUUGAGGAUAGUCCCCAAGUGUUGGCGGCCGGCAUCAAGGGCCAGGGAGUCAGGAUACACGACCUUCGUGAUCCCACUGGCGUCCUUACUUUUCAUACCAAAUGCAAUAAUAACCUAGCAAUCGACUUUGCCGAUCAAAACUACUUCGCAUCCUCCGCUCUUGACCAUCCCGGAGUCAUGAUAUGGGAUCGAAGAGCAACCUCUCGCCCCGUAGCCUCUCAUACCUACGCUCAAGCCGUUGAGGAAGAUGAGCUGCCAUGGGGCGGCGCCUUGCGCCUUGACACAGUUGUUGAUACCGAUUCCGAGUCCUCCAUGGCUGAGGAUAAGCACGCCCUCAUUCGUUCCCUUCGUUAUUGCCGUGAUCAUCGCGGCCUUCUCGCCGUCUUGUCCCGUACUGGUCAGCUCAAGGUCCUGGAAACUAACAAAGAACUCCCGUCGUCAGACGCCGUCCCCCACGAGGGCCCUGAGCUACUCAAGGUACAGCGAUCUCAUGAAAUGGAUGUCUCAUACCGUGACAACUCUAGAAAGAAUGACAGAAUCGUGUCGUUUGAUUGGGUGACGCUGGGCUCACCAGCAUUACGACCUAGACUUUUGGUCUUGCGAGCAAAUGGAGGAUUUGAUAUCUUGGAACAAUCUUCUCGCACAGCCGAUCAUAUUUUCAAGCUUGUGCCUUGGCAAGCCCCCCAUCGUGGCCUUGAAGAGAAUACACCGUACCAAGAUUUAAUGCGUUUUGAGGCUACACAGGCCCCAAAGAUGUUUGCUCCCAUCAUCAUUGAGAAAAAUCUAUCCGACGUUUCAAUAUUUGGACCGGACAAGGUGAAUGUUGAGGCAAGCAUCGAGAAGGCUCUAGACCCAAAAACGCCAAUAUCAAUUACUGUCGAGGCUGUGGAUGAGAUAUCUGCGCCUUUGCCCGAGUCUUUUGAAAAGGCCGAGACGAUUGCAGAAAAGCUUCGCAGUUUACGCAACUAUGUACGCGAUGAGAGCUCUAUUCCCGGUUCACCUGACGAGGGCCGGCCGCAUGCCAGCGAUGUGAGGCGGCUAGAAAUCCAUGAAGCACUCCUCGGCACUCUUUCAUCCUCGUCCGGGCUUCCCAGAGAAGCACAAGCUGUGGUGGACCAUGUUAAGCUCUUUCGUGCUAAGGAAAGAUAUCUGUUCGAUGCUGUCACCAAUAGGAAUGUGACAUCAGAUGACCCUUGGAAGAGAUUCGUCUGGGAUUGGAUUGGUGAUGCGGAGCGGGCGGCAGAUGAUGGCGGCUUAAUGCUCUCUCACGUGGAUCUCAGUUACUUGGGAGUGCAUGCAAUAUGGACAAACAAUCUUGGCCGAAAUCCAACAUCUCGCCUGUCUGCGGGUGCCCACGUUCCCGAUGCCUAUACGUGGGAGCGUACCAUUGGGGCAUAUUGUAAGAAGCGCCAAUUGCCCAAGUUUGACGGCGUCGCGACGAGAAAGCCUCACCAUCGCCAACUAUGCCUUGAAAUAUGUGGCUGGGGCGAUGACCAGAAUCAUGACCCUAGCGGCCUGGAUCGGGAAGCCGACCCGGAAUAUCCAGCCGGCAUUCAUACAACGGCAGCCUCCCGAGCUCUCUUCAGGGGCGACACACAACUAGCCGUGGAGAUCUUGAAAGAGGCUAGCCCGUCACAUCCUGAGCUGCUCUUUGUCUCAUUGGCUCUGCAGCUCAUAGGCCGGGAAGGUAAGCUUCCUAAGGAGAAAUUGGACAUUGACGAGGCAGUUGCGUCAAAGACGGAUCCGUAUCUUCGGGCGAUAUCAUCCCUGAUAGCUACUGGCGACUGGACCAUCAUAGCCAACCAGUCUUCGUUGCCCCUUGCAGACAGAGCUUACGUUGCGUUUCGCAACUUCACUGAUGACCAGCUUACUACGUGGCUGAACGAGCAAGUCUCCCGCGCGGUGAGUGAGGGAGACAUUGAAGCCAUCUGUCUGACUGGCAUCACCGACACCAUGGUGGACAUCUUUGCUCGCUAUGUAGAAAAGUUCAACGACUUCCAGACCGCCACGCUCGUCAUGUCCAUUUGCGCUCCUCGAUACAUUGACGACAUCCGCUGCCGAGCAUGGCGCAAUGCAUAUCGCGCCUAUCUUCAGCGCCAUCGCUUCUUCUUCCAGCGGACAAAGUUCGAGGUUGAGUCCACCAAACGCUCCAAGCGUGAUGGUGUGCCUGCACUCAAGCCGUCAUCGCGCCAGAUCGCCCUCCGCUGCGUCUACUGCGAUGCCAGCACGUCUCUCGCCAAUCAUCACAACGCAGCACCCGUGGUGCCUUCGUCCACCAUGGAGACGCGCAACCCCAUGCUCGCAACCAGCAUCAACUCUGGCGUCAGCUGUCCCAACUGUGGGAGACAUCUCCCUCGCUGCAUUCUCUGUUACGAGGUUGUCGGUGUGCCACGGUCGGAUAGGCCCGAGGAGAGGGAGGAGACGCGCAUGGCGAGCAGGUUUCCGACGUUUUGCCUCCGUUGCGAGCAUGUGCUGCACUUGGAUCACGCUAGGGAAUGGUUUGCGAGACAUGCUGAGUGUCCAGUGCCAGAAUGUCGCUGUCGCUGUAGUUUCAGGGCCAAUCCGGAGCUGAACUAUCAUUAG